UUGAAGCAAAAAGGAAAACUGAAGAAAAAAAUUGAUGUGAAAACGCAAAACGGAUUAUAGCAAACUGGAAAAAUUUUAUUUUGUGCGUUUAAGCAAUUAAAAUAUAUUAUUGUGCAAAUUUUCUUUAAUAAAAUUUGCAUUUAGUAUUUCAUAAAACAAGAGUUGUACUCUUUUUUUAAAUGCGAUAAAAAAUUAGUGAUAAAAACACCCGGCGUGUGAAUAAGAAUAAAAUCCGUAAAAGCUAAAGAAGACAACGAGUUCACUUUUUUUUGUUAAUUCGAAAAUUCCCGUGCAGUCAUCAUACGCAGCGAAGAAAAACGAAAGCAAGCCAGUCUAAAAGCAGAGAAGGAGGGAGAAACCAGAAAAAAGCAAAGACAACUUAAUUGAAUUUUUGCAAAAAUUUUACUUUUGUCGUAUUAAUUUAAAGAUAUUUAACUGAAAGCUACAAUAUGGCCCUUCUCACUGAGGCCCAGCUUAGAGCCAAGCUAAUCAUUGACCCACCAGGCGAGUUGCGCUUUAUUGGUCCAUUUACUAGUCCAGUUAUUACAACACUUAAACUUACGAAUCCAUCGGAUGAAACCAUUUUGUUUAAAAUUAAAACAACCGCUCCAAAACGUUAUUGUGUACGUCCAAAUUUCGGUUGGGUUGCUCCAAAUGAUAACGUUUCUGUUGAAAUUUGUUUGCAACCCUUCAAUUUUGAUCCUUUCGAAAAAAAUAAGCAUAAGUUUAUGGUGCAAAGUAUUGUGAGUCCCUCAAGUGAAAGACCACAGGAUCCCAACAAAUAUUGGAAGGAAUUGCCACCAGAACACUUUAUGGAUGCCAAAUUGAAGUGUGUUUUUGAAAUGCCAGAAGGUCAUCGUGAAGAGACAGCAACCGCUGUUAAAGCUGUUAAAACUGAGGCUUCAUUACCUCUUAAAGUUAAGAAUGAAGAAAAGGUAAAUAUCCUUAAUCUGGAUAAUUCAGAUCAAAUUGAAUGGCAGACAAAUGAACUCAGACAAUUGCGGGAAGAAAACAGUAAUUUGAGAAAAGAAUUGUUGAAAAUAAAGGAGGAAAUAAUCAGAAAUCGAUCUUCACCUUCUAAGCCCCCAAUGGGUGAACCUUACACUCCUGUUAUGGUUGGGAAUCAAUUUCCAAUGUUCUAUAUAGCGAUUGCUAUUGCUGCUAUAAUUUUUGGUAUUAUAUUUGGCAAAUUUGUACUCUGAACAUCUAACUAGAAGAUGCAGAAACAAAAAUGAGUGUUAUGUUUUUUGUGUUUUGCUAGCAGUUUAAAUAAAUAAGCUGCAUGUUACAGAAGAAAAAUAAUAAAAAAACAAGAAAUUAAGAAAACAAAUUUGCAACAAACAAAAUUCAAAAAAAAAAUCAGUCAAAUUUAAAUAAAAAACAAACUUAAAUCCUUAAGAGAAGAGCAGCAAAUAUUUCAAAAGAAAAACGUAAAACAAAAAAAAAAAAAGAAACUCGUAUAACAAAAAAAAUCAAUUUACCUAGUUAAGAAAAAGAAAACAAAAACUCUUUUUUCAUUAUUUUUUUUUUCAAUAAUUAUUAAUUUCUUUGUCACUUUCGAAAAGCAAAACCUAAUUUAAUUGUAAAACAAAAACAAGUACAUAAAUAUUUCAAUUGCUGCUUUUAUUUGUGUUUGUUUAAGCUCUCUCUUAUACUCCAUUAUAAACAUACAUAUUUCUCACUCGUCUGUCUACUCUUAUAAAAUGAUUUUUCUUAGUUCUCCGCAUUUAAUAGUUACAGAAAAUCAUUGAAACUGAUAUAAACAACCUACAAUUAACUAGAGCUUACACAAUUAGUAGGAAUGUGCGUUUAAACGUUUAUUAAUUAAACAUUAUUGAUAAUUAGAUCAGUUUACAUUACAAUUCUUUCAAUACUUCCGUUUUAAUAAUACAUGAAAAUUAAAAGAAAAAUAAAUAAAUAAAAAAUAGCACAGUCCUAUACAAACUUUUUAACUAGUAUGAAGAAAAUUAAAGAAAUUAAUUUAGCAAAUUUAAAAAUUAAAGGUUUUGUUUUCUCAUGUCUAAGCUACUAUAUACAUAUUUAUUAAUUAAAACGUCUCUAAAACACUCCUAUUUGAAAAGAAACAACUAUUUAGAUCUGGUUUAUUAUUUAGGGGUGUGGUUUUUCUUUCUGAAAAUCUAGUUUUAUUGAUUUCUUUGUUUAGUUUUAAGUUUAUUUUCCUUUUAAAUCACUAGGGUGUGUUUUUAUUUAACUGUUUUUUAUCGUAUUUAAAUUUAUAUUUUUUUUUGCAUUUCAUAACACACACACAUACUUUAUUAAUUUUUAUUACAUUGAUGCUGCUGGACAUUAAAUAAAAACAAAAGAUAUAAUUAAAAACUAUAA